GAAUACUGCAGUGUAUUGCAUAGUGAUCUCUGUACCCAAAGUGAUCAUUUGUGACCAUAACUAUCAAAAUGUGGACAAUUGAGGGGGCUAUAUACAACUCAUCAAAAUGGCAGCCUCCACUAGUACAGCUUCGCGAGCCUUAUUACAUCAUCAUGGAGUACAUCCGGAAUGGAACACUGCAAGACUACAUCACGCAGAAACGUCUAGCUUGGGGCAAGGCGAAGACGAGCGGCACUGAGAGUGCAUCCAAGGAAGCGCUCAGUGCAGUGCAUAUACUCAUGUUCGCUUUUGAGGUCGCUAAUGGCAUGGAGUAUCUGUCCUCUGUGCAUUUGAUUCAUCGUGACCUGGCAACACGGAACGUUCUAUUGGGGGAGGGGUUGGUAUGCAAAUUGUGUGACUUCGGACUGGCUCGUGACGUCACAGGAAGCGAGCAGUACGAAAUGUUGUCAGGGAGUGCUGUACCCGUUCGUUGGUUGGCCGUGGAAUGUCUCCUGUCAAACACGUAUACAAACAAGAGCGACGUGUGGUCGUUUGGGAUACUUCUCUGGGAGCUUGUCACGCUCGGUGCUCUUCCCUACCCUGAUAUGUCUCCGGAUGCCAUUGUUGAUUCUGUAAGACAGGGGUUCCGACUUCCAAGACCUGCGCACUGUGGACUGGCUCUGUACAAUUUGAUGGCUUCUUGCUGGAAGGCUUCGCCCAAAGCGAGACCGAGCUUCACAGAACUCCAAACCAAACUGGACCACUUCCUGAAAUUUGAUUCGGAAGCACUGGACAUGCCGAACUUCGUGGCUAAUUAUUACGCCUACCCUGAAGCAUCUAAGAAGGGUUACACGCAGGUGGCGGAGUCUCAGUGAGGGAAGAACGACCGCUAUGGGAAAAUGUUUGAGUUUGAGGAGAAAAUGACGAAUUUUGUAUAUUGCACCUAAGUCUUUGUUGUAAGACAUGUGUUUCUUGUUGGUCACCUUUAGUAAAUGACACCUUUAGUAAAAUAUGUAAGCUAUUGGACACAAUAAUGUAGUUCACUUUACUUUUGUAUAUAGGCCUGUAUGUAUGCAAUGUCGGAAUAUAGUUACAAUCCCGACUAUUUUGGAGUUUUAAGAUCAUGGUAAAACGUUCACAUGUAAUAUAACAACCACAA